AUGAUUCUCCUCUGGGUCACACUGCUUCUUGUUCAUCAAGGACGCACAUUGGUUCCAGUGAUCACAGUAACUCUUGGUGAACCUGCAACCUUGACAUGUGAUUUACCAAAAGAAUGGUUGGGAAUUAAAAGUAUUCACUGGUACAAGCAGAGUACUGGAGAUACUCUGAGGGUGAUCACAAUGCUGCGAAAAAACACAGCCCCUAAAUAUGGACCAGGGGUUUUAGCCUCAAGACUGGAGAUAACGUAUUUAGAGAAAGUCAGUAAUCUCACAAUUUUGAGGACCACUGAAGAAGAUGAGGGAAUGUAUCACUGUGCAGUCCUUGAUUGGACUGAGAAUACGUGGAGUGGAACCUAUUUGUCACUGAGAGGAAAUAUCAAGAAAACAAUAAACUACACAAUUGUGCAGAGGUCAAGAACCACAAAUACAGUAAAUGUGGAAGAUACUGAAACUCUGGAGUGUUCAAUUCUGUCUGGCUCUCAGACCAAGACUUGUCCAGGAGAGCUCCAGGUGUUCUGGUUUAGAGCCAGAUCAAGUAAUUCUUACCCAGAAAUUGUUUUCACCAGUGGAGUGCCUCAGGAUGUUUGUAUGAAGAAACAUGAUAGAAAAUGUGUUUAUAGCUUCUUUAAGAAUGUCAGUAUCUCUGAGACUGGGACAUACUACUGUGCCCUAGCCACAUGUGGAGAAAUAUUAUUUGGUGAUGGGACUACUCUUGGAGUUGAAGAACCUUCCAACUCUUCAUUUAUCACACUGGUGACUCUAACAAUUUGCUUGAUUAUUUCUGUUAUUUUACAUAUUACAAUACAGAUUAAAGCAGGCGUAGAGCUAACAGAUCUGUCAGAGUUGCGAGGCAAGGACUCAAACAUGUAG